AUGAUUGGCCAGCCGAAAAGUUUAUUAUCUCUUUCCAUGAGUAGCAGCAACAACUCCAAACUUUCGAAGAACCUUGUCGUCAUCUUGGCUGGUCCUACUGCUACCGGAAAGAGCGACGUUGCUGCGAGGCUAUGUGCUGAAGAAAAUGGAAUUAUUGUUUCCGCAGACAGUGUGCAAGCUUACAGAGGAGUGCAGAUCGGCGCGAACAAACCGAGCAAUCUGGAGCUUGAAAAGACUCCGCAUCUGUUGAUCGAUGUUGCCGAUUGCACACAAAACUACAACGCUGCCGAAUGGCGUGCUGACGCCAGAACCGCAAUCCAAGUCCUUUUGGACCCGAAAACCGAUGCCGACGAUACAAAUCCGAGAGCCAACGAUGUGAUCGCCAGCGUUCGAAGUGCUCGUGAUGCCAAAGGAUGCAAUCAAGAUGACGCAAUCUUGCCAAUUGUAUGUGGAGGCACCAUGAUGUACAUACAAUGGCUUGUCCACGGUGCGCCAGAUACAAUGCGUCCAAGUGCAGAAGCCUCGGAACAAGCGAAAAAAACGAUCUCUAACUUCCAGAAGAAAGAUGAUUUCCAAGCUGCAAAAGAUCAUGUUUCUUCUUUUGGACAAGUUUUCAAAGCGAGAGUCGAGGGGUUCUGUGGCGAUGAUUGGUAUAGAUUACGUCGAACUCUGGAAGUUGCGCUAACAGCCCAAACUGAAGUCGAUAAGGCGUGGAUAGUAGAGACACUAUAUACUGGAGAACGGAACGGAGGGUUAGAAUCAUUCGGUUGUGAUGUUCGGUGCUUUUUCCUUUGUCCAGACGAUCGUAUGGGUCAUACUAAGAUCAUUGACAGGCGCUGUGAAGAAAUGGUUAUCAAGGGUCUGUUGAAAGAAACGGCAGAGCUUAGUCUAACUGAACAAAUGCCGGAAAUGGCAGCAAGGGCAAUCGGAUAUCGACAAACGUUGGAUUAUCUCUCCAAAGAGUUGCGGGACAACAAAGAUUCUUCUGAUGAGUUUGAUUCGUUCAUCAACGACUUCACCACAGCUACGAGACGUUAUGCCAAAAAGCAAAUGUCUUGGUUUCGAAAAGACAAGGAUUUUAUGUUCAUUCCUGUUUCUUUGUCUACAAUAAAGGCCACAAGAGUUGAAGAAGCAGCUGCUAUGAUUCGGCAUUAUUGCCGUGUUUCUCGAGAUGAAUUUGAGAAGGAGUUGUAUUCAUCAGACAGUAGUUCGUCGAUGGCAAAGAAACGGAAUGAAGAACAAGGAAAGGGUAUGAAGCUGUACCAAUUCGAAAGGCACAUCUUAAAAGCGGGAAGUGAAGAGUAUGACGAAUGCUUGUCACAAGCCAUACAGUGUCAAAAGAGGAUGCAGAAAUCAAAGAAACCAAAGCUUGAGGCUAGCAGCUGA